AUGUGCUUAGCUGAUAAUUUACAACAAAGUAUUAAUCAACAAGAAAGUCAAGAUAAAAUGAAAAUUUUGAAACUUAUAUUGUCUGUAAAUGAGUGGAAUUCAUUAAAUAAGUUGGCACAGCUUUUACUCUCUUUUGCACAAACAACUGAAUAUAUUGAAGAAAGUCAAUACCCAACCUUAGGAAUGAUGAUACCUACUAUUAUUAAAGUUUCACAUCAUCUAUAUAAUUUUUAUCCAAGAAUUACAUCUGUGAUAGUAAAAGCUUGUUGCAUUAAAAUUAAUGAAUCGAUAUUGUCAAGAUGGUCUAAACCUUUACCUAAUAGUUUAGUGACUUCUUUUUUAGAUAUGAGGCUUAAAAAAAUAAAUUUUAUAACAUCUAGUAAAAAAAUAGAAACUAUUAUUUACCUUUGUAUUUCAUUUAGUAUUCAAAAACAAUUAACCUCUAUCUGA